AUGCCACUCACUCCGCUGUCGUUCUUGCCAGAUGAGCCUGUUGCUGGUGCAGCUGAAAGAGAGAAGCAGAAUGCGAUACAGAAGGGCAAAAGCGAGGCCGAGGAGCUGCCGCCAGUUAUUUUUGAGUCACAGAUGUGUGUUGCAGAACGUCUGACAGUGUGCGGGGACAUGUCUGAGGACGCUCAUCUUCAACACUGUGAGGAUAUCCCUCAAACUUCCAGGGAAACUGACCCGCUGUCAUCGUUCUCAUGCACAUUGCUAGAACUGGAUGAGAACAAGGGGCUGAUACCGCGAUUGCGAAAGCUUGGUGUGAAGCUGCCGAAGAUGCGAAAGAAAGCGUCUGAUUUUGUAUUUUUACGAAUUCUUGGAGAAGGAGCAUAUAGUACGGUAUAUCUCGCACGCGAGCUCCGCGGUGGACAAACACUAGCCGUUAAAGUGGUUCAAAAGGAUUUUGUCAUUCGACACCAGAAACUGGACGCAACCAUUCGAGAAAAGCACGUGUUGGCUUCGCUCAGCUAUGAACGCGGUGGACAUCCGUUUGUAACUCGACUUUACUGCACAUUUCAUGAUCCGGAAAGAUUAUGUAGGUUUCAUUCUACCAUUAGUUCUAUUACCGCUCCGUAUUGCUUCAAGCUCUGCUUCUCUGGUUUCUGA